AUGACGCAGCAGCGUGCGAAGAGACUAAGCAAUUUCCGCAGCGACGAUAGCCAUAUGAGCAGUGCAAAAGCCAGCAAAUUCCGCAGCUUUAAGAACGAGUCAUCCCUUACCUCCUAUUUCCGGAUCACAAAGCAGCUGUUGGCAUACUAUUACCGGGUGGUAUAUCGUGUGGAUGGCCAUUUCACAAGAGAGGGUGAAAGCCAUGCAGUGCCGCAGGACAUAAUCGAAACAACCCCUCUGCAACGACAAGCCAUGGAGGAUGUCAUCGGUGCGUUGCGGAGGCGAGAAAAAGGCAAAGGGAGGGGCGCCAAGUUGCGAUAA